AUGCUUGACAGACCACCCAUUCGUAUAGGAAAUGUAUCCGGUGCAACGGGUGAUCACCCGCAUGCAAUGUCCCGCAUGGUUCGCACAGGCAACGUCAACGUUAUAACGGGUGACUGGCUCUCCGAAAUGAACAUUGCCUGGAACGCAAUCACCAAGCAAGAGGUCGAUCCUAACCUGGGCUAUGAGAAUGGCUUCUUUGAGCAGCUUGAUGAGUGUCUCGACGAUAUCAUGCAGCGCGAUAUACGCGUUGUCACAAACGCUGGUGCCUUGAAUACCGACGCUCUAUACGACAAAGUCAGGGCGCUUUGUGAGAAGCGUGGAUAUGGAGAUGCUAUCGUUGCCAAAGUUCUCGGCGAUGAUGUCUCGGAUGUGGUUAUGAAAGGAGAUGUUAGAGUGACACAUCUGGAUCACCCUGAGCAGACACUUGAGACCUGGGGUUUUACGCCUUGCUGCGCGACUGCUUAUAUCGGAUGUUGGGGUAUCGUGCAGGCUUUGCGUGCAGGUGCUCGCAUCGUCAUCUGUGGACGAUGUACAGAUGCGUCUCCCGUCAUGGGCGCAGCGGCGUGGUAUCACGGCUGGAGAGAAGACCAAUACGAAGAACUGGCCGGUUCACUCCUCGGAGCUCAUCUCAUCGAGUGCGGACCAUACGUUGUCGGUGCCAAUUUCUCCGGUUUCAAGGAUUUUCUCCCUGAGCUGGUAGAUAUUGCUUUCCCAAUCGCCGAGAUCGACCCAAGAGGGCGCUGCAUCAUCGGUCGAACGGGCGAAGGUGGCGGUCGUGUCACAAAAGAAACUGUCACUGCGCAAUUACUCUACGAGCUUCAGGGCCAUUUAUACCUUAACCCAGACGUCGUGGCUGAUCUCUCAGGGGUCCGGGUCGAGCAAGAAUCACCGAAUCGAGUAUCUGUCUCUUACGUAAAGGGUCUUCCUCCGCCGCCUACAGCAAAGGUCAUGGUCGCUGCAAAAGGCGGUUUCCAGGCUGAAGCAACGUUCUACAUCAACGGCCUUGACGUAUAUGAGAAAGCGGCCAUGAUGAAGGCUCAACUGGCGCAUAUGUUUAAAGACGCCAACUUUAGCCGUCUCAGUAUUGAGCUUUACGGAACACCGGCUGAUAAUCCAACUUCCCAGCAAGCAGGUACUGUGUCUCUGCGUGUCUUUGCCCAGGCUCGUCGAAAGGAAGACAUUGAAGCGUCCAAGUUCAAAGUCCCAAUCUAUGCACUCCGCAUGCAGAGUUAUCCCGGGUACCAUAUGAAUCUUGAUUUCAGGACCAUGGUUCCCAAAGCCUUUAUGGAAAUGUUUCCUGCCUUGAUGCCCGUUUCUGCGAUUUAUCACCGUGUUGUCAUGAGCACGGGUACCACGCAUCGAGUUGAGCCUCCUACACAAACAGCAAAGUACCCCAUAGUACGUCCAUCUACUGAGACGCAUGGACCGGUGGACAUGCUCACAUUUGGACCAACCGAGUGGGCGCCGCUGGGUAGUAUCGUGCACGCAAGGUCAGGCGACAAGGGCGACAACUCCAACGUUGGAUUCUUUGUGCGAAACGAUGAUGAAUACGCCUGGCUGAGGAACUUGUUAACUGUUUCAAAAUUGAAGCACUUGUUUGGAGAUGACUGGUUCAAGAUGAAUCCUGAUAGGAGAGUUGAGAGAGUCGAGUUUCCAGGCAUCAACGCCGUUCAUUUCCGAGUUUUGGAUAACUUGAAUGGAGGUAUUGCUUCGUCUGAUCGAAUUGAUGGAUUGGGUAAGGGGAUUGGAGAGUAUUUGAGGAGUCGAUAUGUCGAUGUACCAAAAGCGUUUUUGGAUAGAGGGCGGAUCUAG